AUGGCAAAGGUGAAGAUAAUGCUAAUAUUGUCGAUGGUGUUGAUACUGCGCAUGCCGAGCGCACUCGCAGGCGCACUCACACACGCACUCCUCCGUGUGGGUGGUCCACGUGUAAGGCAAGCUGUCGAAAAAGGGAUGAAACAAGGCAUUAUGGAUUCGUUUCCAGGAGGCGUCCAGGACCUCCUCGCAUACUUGCACCGCCACAGAGAGGACGAAAUCAAACAGGAGUUUGGGUGCAUGGCGCUCAUGAUCAUGUGCCGGGAAAACACUGAGAACAGACGCAUCGCCGGAGAGCAGGGCGCGAUCCAGGCCGUCGUGAACGCCUUGAACCGCCACAGAGAGAACAAGGAAGUGCAGAGGGACGGACACAUGGCGCUCGUGAUCAUGUGCGAGGACAACACCGAGAACAGACGCAUCGCCGGAGAGCAGGGCGCGAUCCAGGCCGUCGUGGACGCCUUGAACCGCCACAGAGGGAACAGGGAAGUGCAGAGGGACGGACAACUGGCGCUCGCGAUCAUGUGCAAGGACAACACUGAGAACAGACGCAUCGCCGGAGAGCAGGGCGCGAUCCAGACCGUCGUGGACGCCUUGAACCGCCACAGAGGGAACAGGGAAGUGCAGAGGGACGGACAACUGGCGCUCGCGAUCAUGUGCAAGGACAACACUGAGAACAGACGCAUCGCCGGAGAGCAGGGCGCGAUCCAGACCGUCGUGGACGCCUUGAACCGCCACAGAGGGAACAAGGAAGUCCAGGCGAACGGGCACAUGGCGCUCGCGAGCAUGUGCAUUAACAACACUGAGAACAGACGCAUCGUAGACGCGUAUGGGCAAACAGUUAGUUAUUCUCCACAGCCUCCAUUCGCGCGACCAGAGCGUUGA